AGGUGAGCCUUAAGCCAGUCUCCCACUACCGUCUGCAAUGGAAGAGCAAGGGACAAAACACCCGCAAGAAAGGCAGUGUGUGGCAGCCCGUAUUCAAGGAAGCCUGGGUCAAGGGUAAGAACAAAAUCGCCUUCUCCGUGGGUGAGUAUAUAGGUAAGGAGCUGGGUGAGCCGAUCGAUGGUAUAGCCGUGGAAUUGACUGAUGACACCGUCUCGUCGCUGUUUAAGUCGCAGAUUCUCACGGACGGUGUGCUCAACUGGCUGGUCCCACAUCCAGUCAACUUCAAGCUCGUCUGGUCACAAACUGAAGAUGACAAAGCCGAUCCCUCCGCUUCGCCUACUGGUUUGUACUGCUGGCGAGCCAUUCCUCCGACACCCCAUUUCAUUGCUGUUGGUAUGGUGACGACUACUGAGGCCAACAUGCCUGAGCUCGACUGUAUCCGAUGCAUCCCUAAAGCCUGGGCUAUGCCGUUGCGUGGUUCCCCGGUAUUGCUGUGGGACGAUAGCGGGACGGGUGGAAAGCGCGGGUCAUUUUGGCGUGUGAAUCGUCUGGGUACUCUGUUUGUGGCAGAAGGCCACGGAGCGCCUGAAGAGGGACUGUACGAUCUCAUAGACGAGACAUUCCAGGCAGACAGUGGCAUACUCAUGGGCAACCUCAACGCACGCCUGCCCAAUACACCCGCACAGCCAACCAAUGAAAG